AUGGCCAUGCCUAUAAAAGCCACCCAAACCAUUCUCAGUUGUCCAAUUGUUCUUGAUUACUUUCUCUGCUACUUAAGCUUAGCAAAUUGUGUCUGGAAAAUGAAAGCUUUGCUCCAAUAUUUCUUCCUCUUAUUCUUGUUCAAUAUCACCACUAUCACCACUACCUGUGCUAAUACCAUCCCUGCAGUUCAACACCAGCAGCUGUUGUUGCUCAAUUUCAAGAAAACCCUUACAUUUCAUGAUUCUUCUCCUACUGUGUCCAAGUUCAUAUCAUGGAAUUCAAGUACCGACUGUUGUUCUUGGAUGAGUGUUACUUGUAGUACUAAUGGACAUGUUGUUGGUCUUGACAUUAGCAACCAAUCUAUUUUUGGUGGGAUUGACAAUUCGAGCAGUCUCUUUGAUCUUCAACAGCUUCAAAGCCUCAAUUUAGCAGAUAAUAUCUUUAGCUAUGGCUCUCGCAUUCCAUCUACAAUUGGAAAGCUUACAAACUUGAGGUACUUAAAUUUAUCAUAUAGCUAUUAUGACGGCGAGGGGAAAAUUCCAGUUGAGAUUUCACAAUUGACAAUGUUGGCUGUCCUUGAUAUUUCUCAAUCUUACAAUUUGUGGUACAUGCCAUUUGAGAGCCCUAAUUUAAGCAUGCUCUUUCACAACCUCACAGAUCUCACAGAGCUAUAUCUUGAUGGUGUGAAUAUAUCAGCACAGGGGAGGGGAAUGAGUGGUGUCAAGUGA